AAAAUCUACUUGGGCGUGGCUCUAAAGCUGAGAUGGCUGUUGCAAGAAUCUUGUUUCUCCUUGUUUUUCUUAUCGGCGAGUCCUUCUCGGCUCAUAACUGUAGUCUUGAUACUAUUCAUAAGAACAAGUUUCAAGUUUGCGCUAAUCAGUUCAGUACAGUUACAAUCGGAGAAAAUGCAUCAAUAUAUCUUUAUUCAAGAGAUGUUCCUCAUAAUUUCUCCAUUCACAGUAUUGAAUUGGUAGCUUCAUAUAAACACGAGGGAAUUGUAGAUUUUUACGAUGACAUAGUUAAUGUGACAGUCACUGACUCUAGCUUCAUAAUUGGUUCGGAAUUACGAGUUCAUGCUACUGGGGCUGGUCGUACUGAGAUAUCUUUUAAUUACAGUAGCAAUCAGGCCAGUGACGAUGAUGAGUAUUACUCCAGUAUAGACCAUCUUAAUCAGUUGGUCCGUACAGUGUCAGUGGUUCAUUCCAAGCCUCUUAAUAUUAUCAUUGCUGUCGUUGGAUGGAUAUACUUUGCUGCCUGGAGCAUCUCAUUCUAUCCUCAGAUUUUCCUCAAUUUUUAUCGUCGGAGUGUCGUUGGUUUAAACUUUGAUUUCCUGGCCCUUAAUCUCACUGGGUUCCUGGCAUACAGUGUGUUUAACGUGGGACUCUACUGGAUACCAGAGAUUGAGAGGCAGUACUUUGAAGAUCAUCCAGGUGGUGUGAACCCGGUCCAAUUGAAUGAUGUCAUAUUUGCACUCCAUGCUCUGGCUGCCACUUUAUUCACCAUCUUCCAGUGUCUGAUACUAAAACGUGACAAGCAGAGAGUAUCGUUUCUUGCUAUAGCCAUAUUGAUCGUACUGUGGGGCUUCAUCAUUGUGUCUCUUUUUGUUGCUGUUGGGAAGAAAUUGCAAUGGCUUCAGUUCUUGUAUUUUGUGUCUUAUGUCAAGCUAGCAGUGACACUAAUAAAAUAUGUACCACAAGCUUAUAUGAAUUUUAGACGGAAGAGUACAGUAGGCUGGAGUAUUGGUAAUGUACUGCUUGACUUUACUGGAGGAAUGCUCAGCAUGUUACAAAUGUUCCUCAUCUCUUACAAUUACAAUGAUUGGAAAUCAAUUUUCGGUGAUCCAACAAAAUUCGGUCUAGGCCUAUUCUCUGUCUGCUUUGAUCUCUUGUUCAUGGUCCAGCACUACAUACUGUAUAGGCAUCCUCCAGCACCUGGAGAUGGAUACUCCAAGAUAGAGGAGAGCAAGCCAUUGCUUGGAGGAGAAGGUGAAUCGUUGGACUCUAAUUCUGAUGGGCUUUCCUUUCAAAUGAAAAUGAGAAUCUUUGUAGCUAAGAUAUCAGCUAAACUAGGACUGAAUUCCACAACAUUUUAAUCAGCUCAAAGGACUUUAGCUGCCCUGCUGCACUUUAAAAGUAAUUUUUGAUUUUGCAGGUUGUGCAAGUUUUGUCAUUACAUACAUACAAUAAUAAUAAUAAUGAUAAAUUUUAUUUUAAUUCUAUAAUUAUUGUUAUUUUCUACUCUUAAGUUAAAUCGGUCAGUAAUAAAAAUGAUUUAAAGUUA